AUGAGUCUGCACUCUGGUGUUGAAAUUAGAAAAGAAUAUUGUCUAGACCGAUAUGUUGAAAAUGGAUGCAUCAGCAAGUCUAGUAUAACAUGGCGUUGUGUGGAAUAUUACUUAUCGGUCGCUCGUAAUGUAACUAUUCACACAACCUCCGAGAGUCGCAAAGGUUCAAUUAUUGGUAAUCAUGAACCUCAUCAACAUCCAGUCGACAUAGCAUCAGUUGAAGCCAAAAUAGUGUGCAAUAAAAUAAAAAAACGAGCAGCUAAGAAUGAUGACAUACCUGCCACUGUUAUUUCGUCGGUUUUAUCAACAGUAUCGUCUCCAAUCGUUGCUAAAUUGCCUAAAAUUGUGUCACUAACACGAGAAGUGCAGCAUAUUCGUAAAACCGAUAAACCUCAGAUAAAGAAGACUGCAAAUCGUACAGAGUUGAUUAUCCCAGAUGAAUUUAAAAAAACAGCAAAAGGAGAAGACUUCUCAUUUCAUGAUAGUGGUAAUAAUAAAUCUAGGUUUUUAAUAUUUACAACUAUCAAGAAUUUAGAAAUUUUAUCUGAGUGUGAAAAUUGGGCUGGUGACGGGACAUUCUCAUCUGUGCCAAUUAUAUUUAAACAACUCUACACUAUUCACGGAUUAAAAAAUGGUAAGAUGUUGCCAUUGGUAUACAUGCUGCUACCUAGCAAAUCGGAAAAAGUACAUACCCAGUGUUUAACAAUAUUGAAAAAUCGCAUACCAGAACUCAAUCCUAACCGAAUAAUGGUAGACGUCGAGCCUGCGUUUAUAUCGGCUUUUCAUAAAGUAUUUCCUAAUACUAUAGUAUCUGGGUGCUUAUUCCAUUUUAGUCAGUGUAUAUGGCGUAAUAUAUAAUCAUGUGGUUCGCAGCAUAUUUAUAACACAAACUCAAGACUUGCUUUGAGUAUACGUAUAUUAAUGGCAUUAUCAUUUGUUCCGGUCCAUGACGUUACUGACGCAUAUAAUGAACUUAUAAUAACUGAGUUUUAUCAAGAUAAUGAAGAACAACUAGAAUCUUUUAUUAGUUAUUUCAAACAUAUGUGGGUAGGUGUUCGCUCUUAUACCGGUAGACGUCGUCGUAAGCCUUAUUUUGAACUAACUUUAUGGAAUUGCUAUGAGGCUGUUAUAAACGAUGAAAAUCGUUCAAACAAUGCAAUCGAGGGAUGGCAUAAUUCAUUUAACUUGAAAGUACGUGUUCAUCAUGCAACUAUAAGUAAAUUUGUUGGAGUACUUCAAGAUGAGCAGGGUUUAACUGAAGUGCUAAUUACUCGAUAUAAUACUGGGUUAAACAUAUCUACCAAUCGUAGGCGAGUUUAUAUUGACAUCGAUUCAAGAAUUAAAAACGUCGUUUUGAAUUACGAUCCGCAAAACAAAUUAAAUUAUUUAAAAAACAUUGCCUCUCUUCUAAACAUUUAGAUGAUUAACACGUUAUUUGCAAAUUAAAAAUAUUAAUAAUAUGUGAUUGAGACUGUGUUCCUGUUUGUACCUUACAUAAUCAAAAAAUACUAUGUUCAAUUUUAAAAUUACUAUGUCAUUGAUGUAUAAAUUAAACAUUACGCAUACUAAGAAAAUGUGAUUGAGGCUGUACUUUAGUACUAAUUUAUAAUUUAAAGAUGACAUUACUUAUAUUAAGAAAAUGUGAUUGAGGCCGUGUCUAGGAUUAAUUGAUAAUUUAAAGUUGACAUUAUUCAUGAACAUAGCAUAAUGACA